UUUUUUUUUUUUUUUCCUUACAGGAGGAGGAUGAUUGGAAAGAGUUUGAGCAAAAGGAAGAAAUUGAUUAUAGUGGUCUUAGAGUUCAGUCCAUGCAAAUAAGUGAAAAAGAAGAUGAUGAAAGUGAAAAAAGAGAAGAACCAGGUGACAACUGGGAGGAGGCUGGAGGUGGUAUAGACAAAUCAUCUGGUCCUUGGAACAAGUCAGCUCCUGCACCAGCACCUGUUGUUGAAGCAAUUGUUACAGAAGCACCAGAACCAGUGCAAACUGGUGGUGUAUACAGGCCGCCUGGUGCCAGGGAGGGCAGGCCGCGGAGAGCACAGCAAGGACCACCAGAAAUCUAUAGUGAUACGCAGUUUCCAUCACUGCAGUCCACUGCCAAGCUUGUAGACAGUCGAAAGGAUAAAGAAAUGGAGAAGAGCUUUGAAGUAGUAAAACACAAAACUAGAGAUACUGAGCCUUCGUAAAGGUUGACUACCUCAGACUUGCUGCACUCAUUGUGGACACCAUGUGGAUCACAACUUCUGGAAGAGAAGGUUACAGCUGUUUUAGUGGCCAUCUGAAACUUGAAACCAGCUCUACUGGAUUCCUGUCAGAAAUCCUGCAGAAGUCAGCCAUUUGGUUCCAAUUUGCUAUAACAAAGAUUUAAGUGACCUUAAUGAGAAACCUAUUCUGUUCCCCUUCUGAGGAAUCCUGUUAUGUGUAGCCAUAGCCUACUAGAGACUUCUGGAGCAUACCAUACCACUCAUACUAUCCAAGUACAACACAGAGCUGUAGUUUGUUUACCUUUUUAGAUAGCUGUACUGAAGUAACUGCAAAACAAAUUAAAACUCAUUCAAAAUCAGAUUUGAGGAAUUAUGGGUUUGAAUGGUCUGUUUGAAUUAGCCAUUUUCACAGUUGUCUGUUUAAGCAUUUUUCUGUUUCCCCACAAAAAUGCCUUCCUUGUUUCUGGUAUCAAAUUGCAGCAUAUUUAAGUAACAAUGUGAGAUGUUAUAGUGAAAUAAGGUUUAUUUUGUGUUUGUUUCUUUUUUUUUUUUUUUUUGUCAUGAGCUUGGUCUUUCUCACCCUAAAGCACUAAAGACAUAUAGAGCUUUGAUUUAACACAGAGAUAUCCAGACUCUGACUAUAGUCUUCUGAACUUAUCUUUUUAAAAAUGCAAGAUACAUGGCAGUAGCAAUACUAGAUAAAACUUCUCCAAAAAUACAUAUUUGUUUGAAGGGCAAUGGUUACUUUAUAACCAAAAUGACUUUGUAUACUACAGAAGGAUAACUAAAGCUUGGUAAGCCAUGUUUGUUUGGCUACUUUUGUGAAGCAUGCAGGCUGAGGCAGAAAUCCUCUAAGUAAAACUCCUAAAUAGUGUUUUUUCCAAAGUCAGGAGUAUUGGUAAUAAUAAUGGAAGGCAGUGGCUUCUUUAAGUUAGUCUCAUCUCUGACUUAAUUUCGUGGAAGUAGGCAAAACGGCACUUAUACCGAAAGUACAGGAUGUUGCCCAUAGCUUUGGUUCAGUGAACAAAACCUGACAAGUACCAAAAGUGUCCUGCUGUAACUAUUUUUCUCUUCUCUAAACUCUUACACCAGAAGCGAAAUGAAGUGGCGUGCUCCAGUGUUGAGGUUUCUCAGAAUAAAUGCCAAAAAAUAAGAGUUGCCAGUGGCAAGAAAAACAAGGGAACAAAACAAAAUUUGCUCACUUGUGUGGGAGUACUGUGCAUCUGUAGAAGAUGAGGAUAGUGCGGGAAUUGCAUAGUUGGGUUCCUUGUGACUAACUGCUCACUCGCUUUCAAUAUGCUUCUCUGAGGUCAGUGGGAAUUGUUGACUUCAGUGGGCCUGGGGUUUCACCUGGUUCUUUUAUGCACAGACUAAAACUGGCCUUGCCCUUGCGGAGUUAACUGUCUUUAAAAUUUCUCCUGGAAGCUGCUAUUAAAUAGAGGGCUCAAGAGACUAUCCUUAAAGUUGGAGACUUCCUUUGGAAACAAAACCCCACUGAGAGACUGAUACCAAUAUUGUUGACUCUGAGCCAUGUAUCUUCCUUGAAAACACAUUGUUGCCAGCGAAACUGUUGGUUUGUCACUAAAGAUUUCUGUGGAAUUCAUGGUAAAUGGACAUGUCACCUGGUGAUGUAGUAGAAAUGUGAAAUCUUAAAACACUUCUCCUGAUGUUUAAAGAGAUUGAAAUUGUCAAUGCACACGAAUCAAGUUUUAAUCUACUGUAUGAAGGGUAGAUGAGACUGUCCAUUGUACCUUCUUUGAGUUUUUGGGCAUGACUUCUGGCAGUUCAAGAAAACCCUGUAACAGUUGCAAAUCAAAUAAAAUGGACAUAUACAUGGAUCCUGGAGUCUAAUGAAUCUUUACCUUUAGUUCCAGUUUAUGACCAUGCAACAGCUGAGCAAAUGCAGGGUAUUUGGAUCUCUAAGGGACAGACCAUGGAGUGGGUAGUCAGCUUUAUAGUCAGGUGAGCUAUGUGUAACAGCUUAUAGCAGUGCAUAUUAAUAUGGCUUUUAUUUGAAGAUACUUAGUUUAUUACCUGUCAGUGUGAUUUCUUAGCUCUGCAACCAUAUAAGACUGUUUUGAGUCUGACUGUUUUGAAAUAUGGAUGAAGCUUUGAUUUGCUUUUCACUGAAGGUAGCUCUGCUGAAUUACAGGAUGAAAAACUCUGGAGGGUUUUUGCUGUUUCAGUAGCUUUACAAAAGUCCAUCUGCUGCUGGUAGCUAGAGAUUGUAUUUUGGGGGGGACUUUGCUUAAUUGCAUCAUUCCAAUUCCUUAUCUGAGGCUUAAAGGAAAAAAACCUGAAAUGCAGCAGCUUUCCAUAGUACAGAGUGUCUUUCACAGGAAAGUUGCACUGUUUUAAAGUGUUUUGGGGUUAAAUACACCAAUAUUUAUAUACCAACCAUAGUUCCUGGUGCCAGGAACUAUGAAAAUACCCGUUGUCAGUAUCUUCCUUGUGACAAUUAAAUGUUCUGCAUGCCUGAAAUUUUGAAAGUAGUUUUUGAAAGCUCAGUAUGCCUUUGAGACUCUCAAGUCCAACUUUAUCUGGGUGGUAGUUACAUUCAUCUGAGGCAUGCUAAGAAUGCCCAUUCCAUUCCUUCCGAGGCUCGUUUGAAGCCUCGUUCUAUAAAUGAAAGAUCGUCAACUGUAGAGAUGAGAUUCUUGAUGCCACUCAGUGAAACCUAAUUCUGUGCUGUAUCAGGUAAAUUCCUAUGCUGUAAUAUAGUUAAGUUUUUAUGGAGACCUUGUUGUUAAUUUCUGAUUUAAAGGUUCAGUAUUACUUUCUUUGGCCUCAAAUGCAAGCAUAAGAUAUAAAAUCAAGACGUUGCUAGUGGAACAUCCAGGUGCCCAGAACGUACUGGAAAGGAAGGGUUUGGAUGUGUUCUUGAUUUGUAUGGUCUGUAUCUAAGGAAUCUUUAAAUGCCAAAAACGAGGUAAUUGUUACAAAGUUGGACUUUCGGAAUGCUGGCUGUAGGAAUGGCAGCUAUAAUUGCUAGAGUUUGUGAUAAAUCUAGAAGAGCAUUAGUUUUUUUCCAUGGCUGUAGCUUUGUCAGGUUUCAUCUCGUCUGCAAGUGAAGAGGAACUGACAACUAACAGUGACGACCCUCUCUUGCUACUUCAAUUUUUUCAAGUUUUUUUUCUUUGUAGCUAGCUUUAUCAAUCAUGUGCAAGGUAACUGUCUUCAGAAAACUUAUGAAUAAAUGGAAUUUGUAUUAGAAGUCUGUCAUCAUAGGGACUUGGUUUUUUGGUAUUGGACUGCAUCUUUUGGCUCUUUUACCACAGCAUGGCUGAGAUUUCUAUGCUGUUUAGGUCAUGGAAACACAGUAUAAGAUUAAUAGGACCGUAUACUUAGGAAUUUGCUUAUCUGAGCAUUUGCAAUAAACCUUUUUUUUUUUUAAUCCUCCUAGCCUGGCCGAGCAAUUUAAAACUCGUUAGUGGCUGUCUUUCAAAUGCCAUAACUAAAAUGGAGGCACUCUUUCUUAUUUAGACUAAUAUGGUUUCAUGUGAUAAAAAGGUGCUUGUUUAUACUCUGUAGGUAGUUAUAUUACUCUUUUUAAUACUGAAAUAGUCACAGAAACCUCAUAUUUCACAUAAUUACUUUGCUAUUUGUCUCAAAGGCCCAAGAAACUCAACUUUUAACUGAAAAACCUUGACUUCUUUUUAAAAAAAAAAAAAAAAAAAAGACCUUGUGAACAGCCGUGAUCCAGGUUUAGUCAUCUGACUGUAAUUUGCUUUCUAAAGUGCCCCUUCCUGUUCUUCAGCUUUUAAUUUCACAAAUGAGUUUCAAUUGUAAAUACAUGCUGUGUUUGGGAGGUUAAGAAGCUUUUUUUAAAUUUCAGGUAUAUAAAUUAGGUGCAUACAAGGAAAAAAGUCCAACACGUUUACUGAUAAAUUCUUCAGGAAUAAUUUAAAAGCUUGCCUGGAUCCAGGUAUAGUGUGAGAACUUACAAGGUCUAGCAGAUGGAAAAAGAAAUGACAGCAGAAAAGAAAACUGAGGAGUUUAAUCCUGCUUUAGAUAAGUAGUAAUUAUUGUGUAUUGUGUUUUUGAAAACAAACAACAAAAAAAGGGAAAGUGGCAAAUAUGCAAGUAAAACACUGGGAAGAUGAGAGUGGGAGGGAGUAGGAAGGCCUUUUGCUAAAUGAUGGUGUUAAACGUACGGUCUGAGGCAGGGAGUGAAGUGUAAGUUGGAAGGAGGAAAAGUACUACAGAGAUAACAAGUACUGUUCCCAGCAGUGACAGGUCUGAGUUUAAACCAGCAAAAAUGUUUGAAGUUCACUAGUUGGGGAAAGCAUCUUAUUGCCUCUUUUUUUUUUUUUUUUGGCCUUUUAGAAAAAUAACAAAAGGGCGGGGGGAACUCUCCAGAGAGAGGGUAGAAUUUCUUAUGGG